AUGACAAUUGAAAAGUUUAAAUCCAUAGGGAGAGAUGUAAGUUUUAUUCGAUUUUUUUUUGAUUUUUUUUUGAAUUUUUGUAAUUUUUCGAGCAAAAAAUAAAAUAAAAAGUUGCAAAAUCGUUUUAUUUUAUUUUUUUAUGACCAGUUGUUACAGAUAUGGCUGAAAAUCGUUGAUAUUAUAAUUGAAGUCGACUCCAAGGACCUGCAAACUUUGGUUUCGAUAGAUGAUUUUUUCUGCGAAAUUCUCGAUUCGUUCUAUCGAGAGGUCUGUUUGAACAGCAAGAUCUACCGAUUAGAGCAUGAAUAUUGGGCCAAGGCGUUUUAUGAGUAAGUCCUAGAUGUAAUCUCGGGAAAACGAGUAGUCUGAAUGAAGAAAAAAAGAAAUUGUUUGUUAUGGAAAGGUUUUGUUGUACCGAGGUUUCACUUAAAAUUGGUCGUUUAUGCCUCUGAAUUUUUUUGCGAUGGGGAAGUUUCGUUGUAUUGGAGUUUUUGCAUCGAGAUUCUUGCGGAAGUGCAUAGAAAUGGAGAGCCGGCCAGACAAAAAAAAAUUUACAAAAAAUUGAGUUGUAACAUCGGUUUAUUUCAUAACAGAACUUUCAGAAAAUUUUUUUUUUUUUAAAUCGAGUCGAUUUUUUACGCCAAAAAUUUUUUCCAAAUUGUGGAAAAAAGUUUUUUCUGGACCUUUUUUUGUCUACAUUCACCAUUGAAAAAAGUCACUAACUGGGGAAGUGCCCCAAGUGCGACGCUCAGAUUUUCUUUAAAUUUUGCACACACGUCGGGUAUGGACUAAAUAUCAAUUCCUGAAAGUUUUAGCUCGCGCUUUGCGGGCGCCGCCGAGAUAUCGAAUGAUUUUUGCCGCCGAGAGAACACGCUAAACGUGGAGAGCGGUCAGAGAGAAAAACGCUUUUUGGCCAUAACUUCGUUAGUUUCGCGCGGAAAAAAUUGAUUUUUUGUAGAAACAUUAUCCUUUACAGUUGAAAUAGGCAUGAAACUUUUCUUGCCGAAAUUCGGCAAAAAGUUCUCAAUUUUCGCCGACUUUCGGUCUAAAAAUCUCGGUUGUUUCUGCAAAGCGCGAGUUAGGAUUCUCGCAUAUAUCUUGCUAAAAAAUUGUUCUAAAUUUGUGCCAAGUUUCAUCAAAAUCUGAGCGUCGCACUUGAAGUACUUCCCCUGUAAAUACUUUUUUCCAGCGCUCCCCGACGCAUCUACAACCUCGGGAUGGUGAUUAGCAAAGAUUUGAUUUUCUGCCCAAAAACUGAUCGAUUUGCUUUGGCAAUUAAAAACCACGUCGUGAUCAGCACAUUGGAUGUCAGCAAGCGGUUUUACAAGUACAUUCCCAUAGAUUUUGAGAUCGGACAUAUGGCUUUGAUCAAAAAUGGAACCUUGUUGAGUGUUUGGGUAUGUUAUGAAAGAGUGGGCCAUGGCAAAUUUAUGGACAAACAUGUUUUUUCGACUGCUCUCCGCGCUUCGUGUACUCUCUCGGCCGCACAGAUUGUUGAAUAUCUUGGCUGCAAAGCCAAAGCUAAAAUUUUCAGGAAUUGAUAUCGGCAUAUGCCAGAAGUGUAUGCAAUAUUUAAAGAAAAUCUGAGCGUCGCACUGGUAAUAAAUUUAUACCAAAAUUUACAUUCCAUAUACAGUGGGAGACCUGAUCCAGUGGCAAAAAACGAACCAUUUUGCAUCCGGGAAGUAUCAAAAAUGUGGCAAAAUGCUUCCCUCUCCAAGUGAAAAAACUUCGUUUUGUAGGGAAAACGAAGUUAACUUACAAAAAGAACGGGCGCGUUUUUGAAAAUCGGAGUUUUUUCACUUGAAGAGGGAGGUAUUUUGCCACAUUUUUUUUGCUUCCUGGAUGCAAAAUGGUACGUUUUUUGUCACUGAAUCACAGAGAGACGUCAGAGAAAAAAACGAAGCAAUGAAAAAACAAAACUUACAGCACCAACAACGCCGUCUUUCAACCGUCCACAUCUUCUCCGUUGACUCGGAAUCUCUAAUCUUUAAAAAAGCCUUCAAAAGUAGAUGCACAAUCUCAAAUGGCUCUGCCUAUAUUCACCAGGAUGGUAAAGUUUUUGACGCAUACGAUCAAACGGAACACACUUUGCAACGCAAAGAUGUAAAUGGCUUCAAUUGUUAUUACGCAAAUCGCACGGAAACCCAAUAUUUUGUGCUGUUUCAUACUCGAGGCGUCGUCGUGAUGAACUCGUUGAACGAGACGAUAUACGAAAGAGUUGAUUAUAAGGCGUUCUACAACAGCACCAACUUUUUUAUCCUGCCCGAAUCCGGAUUCAUUUUCAAUAUUAGCGGUAGGAAGUGAUGAGUCGAAAACGCCGAAUUUCAGAAGCCAAAUCCACAAUGACCAUCUACAGCGUCCAGAACGAAGACUACUCGGUCAUAAAGACCAAGGAGCCCCAUUCGAUUUGGGUCCAACUUAGCGAUUAUAGCAUUGCUAAUUACACUACUGGAAAGGUGAAUUUAAUUUCUGUUAAAACGAAUUUCUUCAACCAUUUGUGGCAAAACUUGCUCUGAAUUUACAGGUGAAGUACCCCAAGUCCGACGCUCAGAUUUGGAUGAAACUUGGCACAAAUUUAGAACAAUUUUUUAUAAAAUAUAUGCGAGAAUCCUAGCUCGCGCUUUGCAGAAACAACCGAGAUUUUUUGAUCGAAAGUUGGCGAAAAUUUGACAACUUUUGCCGAAAUUCGGCACGAAAAUUUUCGUACCUAUUUCUACCAUAAAGGGUAAUAUUUCCACAAAAAAUCGAUUUUUUUCCCCGCGAAACUAGCGAAGUUAUGGCCGAAAAGUGUCUUUCUCUCUCUGAUGGCUCUCCACGUUUAGCGUGCUCUCUCGGCGGCAAAAAGCGUUCAAUAUCUCAGCGGCGCCUGCAAAGCGCGAGCUAAAACUUUCAGGAAUUGAUAUUUGGUCCAUACCCGACGGGGGUGCAAAAUUUAAAGAAAAUCUGAGCGUCGCACUGGGGUUACUUCCCUUGUUAGCAUAGCUUUUGUAGAUAUUGUACUACGAGAAGACUGAAAACAUCUGGAAAGAGUAUCCGAAAAAGUUUAAAAAAUUUUGGGACGAUCCCUACACACGAAGCUUCAACGAGCACGAGGAUUCGAAUGCUAGAAACUUUGGGAUAAUUAAGGAGAAAUGGAAGAGCCCUAAAGGUGUGAAGAUCUUGACCUGGAGGAAUGGUAAGCGCAAUGCGCUUUUUUGUGGCCACUUUUUUUAUUUCUGGCUAUGACUUCAAGGAUUCUGAAACUGGUACCAAUAUUUUCAGGAAAGCCAUUAUUUCUCGUCACGGAAAAACUGAUGAGAAAGGAGACUCAUUACUUUGAGCAAUUGAGAGAUCUCCUAGAAUCAAGACAGAGGGAAGGAGAAGAUGUGCAGUCAACUUCCAGAAGACCGGCUAAACGAAAACUGAAGGAAUAA